AUGAAUACAACUCUAGAAACUCCCGAGGUUCUCGAUAUUGCCAUCAUUGGUGCUGGCCCAUGUGCUCUCGCAGUAGCAGCACGGAUGCGAGAGACAACACCCUCAGCACUCUUCACAGACGCCGAGCACCAGAGAUACCACUGGAUCAAGCGACACAAGCAUCGUGUAAAGAUCGUGCCUACCAAAGGACGUGCAACGAAUAAAAUAUUGAUCGAAGACAAGUUAAAGAAGCCAUGCGGGCCAAUCUGCAAACAGCCAAACUAUUUAAUGGCAGUCUACGACUCCUCGGGGUCAGACUGGAUGGCAAAGUGGACAUGCUUGUUUCGUGCUUACAACAUCAAGACCUUGAGAAGUCCGUUGUUCUUCCAUGUUGACCCAAGAGAUCGAGAUGGGCUAAAAGCAUACGCAUACGCCAAGGGUAGAGAGAAGGAGAUGGUUGAGCUGAAAGGUGUGGUGGGAAAAGAAAUAUCAAAGCAUCUAAUGAAGAAGAAGCUGAAGAGAGGACCAUCUGUAAAUGCACACACUGGUAAAUCAAUCGAUGAACGAGACAUGCAAGACUACUACACACCAUCUACAUCUCUGUUUAACGACUACUGUCAGGAUUGUAUUGACCGAUACAGUCUGAAUAAUCUCGUCACACAAACCGACGUGCAUUCUAUUGAAUACGAUGAGCAUGGAACAGACGAGUGUCCAGAUAACUGCUUCACCAUCAAGACUUCGACAGGCACGCAACUCGCACGCACAGUCGUUCUCGCCAUCGGGCCUGGGAUGCCCGCCCCUGUGCCAUUCACUUCUAACGAGGCAGAAGGUGCUUGUCACACAUCUCAGCUUCUAAAGCAAGAGUGUCUUGCACCACACGUCAAGAGAAAGGUGGAUUCAAAGCGCACAACGAAUGUUAUCGUUAUCGGUGGCGGUUUAACUUCCGCUCAAAUCGUAGAUCUGUGCAUCAAGAAAGGCGUUUCGAAAGUGUGGCACAUCAUGCGUGAUAAUUUCAAGAUCAAGCACUUUGAUCUCAGCCUUGAUUGGGUUGCAAAAUACAAAAACAUCAACCAAGCGGCCUUCUGGUCAGCAGACACGGACGAGGAGCGAUUUGAGAUGAUCUUAUCUGCUCGCAAUGGAGGUUCGAUCACCCCGGCGUACAAGGCUAUUCUUGAAAGUCACCAAACAAAAGGAAGGGUCUUGCGCUAUACAAAAACACAAAUAGUGGGCAAGUCCUGGGACUCGAUAUCAAAGUUGUGGACAAUCAAGACAGAGCCUCCGAUCCCAGACCUACCUCCGAUAGACUACAUCUACUACGCAACAGGCGCAAAGGCAGACAUCAAAGCUAUGCCACUGUUACAGCCUCUCUUACAGAGUCACCCAAUUGAGACUGUUGGAGGGCUUCCUUGCCUGACUUACGACAUGCAAUGGAGUAAAGACGUCCCCCUUUUCGUGACCGGACGCCUUGCCGGUCUUCAACUCGGGCCAGGAGCUGCGAACCUUGAGGGAGCUCGGGCUGGAGCGGAAAGGAUCGCUUGGAGGUUACAGGAAAUUCUAGGAGAAAUCGAUGGGGAUGGUGAUUGCAAUGAAGAUGUUGAUGAGAUGGAAGAGCUACGAGAGCGGGCUGAGAGAAGCUGGACGCAUUUGAACAUGUUUGAUACGCUUAGCGUUCGAGGAGACGACUAA